ACAAAAAUGUCACUCCUGGCUGAGCAAUCGCAGAAAUGGUUCCCCACUCAUGUCCAAGUGACGGUCCUUCAAGCCACAGACCUCCAGCCCAAAGGCAAGAACAACACCAACGACGCCUACACCAUCAUCCAGCUCGGAAAAGAGAAAUACUCCACCUCGGUGGCUGAGAAGACCCUGAGCCCGACGUGGCGAGAAGAAGCGUCCUUCGAGCUGCCCGGCCUGCUGGUGGAGGGUAACCCCGAGAUUUACGAACUGUGCCUCACAGUGAUGCACAGGUCUCUGGUGGGAAUGGACAAAUUUUUGGGCCAGAAAAACGUCAACCUCAAUGAGGUGUUUGACAACAAGGAACGUAAGAAGCUCAGCUGGUACACCCUGGACUCCCGUCCUGGUAAAAAGCAGAAGGAGCGUGGAAAGAUCCAGGUGAGCAUCCAGUUCAUGAGGAACAACAUGACGGCCAGCAUGUUCGACCUGUCCAUGAAGGACAAACCCCGCUCACCCUUCUCCAAGCUUAAGGACAAGAUGAAGAACAGAAAGCACGACUCGGACGCCUCUUCAGCCAUCCUGCCUCGUUCGGCUCAGUGCGAUUCCGACACUCAGCUCCCUCAGCAGAAACACUUCUCUGCCACGCUGGAACCCAAACCGAAACGCUCGCUCCUCGCCGGGACUCAGAAGCUCUCAGCAGCGCACUCUAUGUCCGACCUGGAGGGAACACACUUCAGACGCAAACUGGACUCUAUAAACUCCAUCGAUGAAAGCAGUGGUGUUCCUCCUCAUCGGCACUCUCAGAGCGAGGUCCCAGACUUCCAAGAUGGCGAGGCGGCGGGCGACUCGCUUCCAGGGAUGCCGCCGAAGUUCGCCACUCUCCCGCGCAACCACAACCCGUUCACGGCGGAACAAGGGGUGCAGUGGGACCGGAAAGAGAAGAAGGACAAGGUCAGCUUGUUGGAGCGUGUGACCGGAAAGAAGGACGGCAAGAAGAGCAACGGAGGACGAGCAGGAAGUUCAGGGGAUCUGCGCUCCUCUAAUCCUUUCACCUCUGAAAGUGAUACCAACCCUUUUCUAACUCACUACAUGCCCAGUGACACAAAAAAUCGCAUCAGCAGUGAAGACUUGAGCAAGAAAAAUGUUUCACCAGAGAGGCAACAAGGCAAGAAAACUCCAAGAAGAUCCGAGUCGGAGCAGAUGCAGAGCAGCAUGGCGGCGUAUGGCAACCUCUCGUUUGAAGAGGUGGUGAAGGAGCUGGUCAAGCAGAAGGAGGUGGUGAAGAAGAAGGACGCUCACAUCCGCGAGCUGGAGGACUACAUCGAUAACCUGUUGGUACGUGUGAUGGAGGAGACACCCAGCAUCCUCAGGACACCCUAUGAGCCCAAGAGGAAAGCAGGCAAGAUCUCCAAGAAGUAAUCGCCGAACUUUACUGUGUGGUUAUCAAGGUACAACUGGUCUUAUGCAAAGUCAUGCAAAGUGAGAGAGGUUUUCAUCCCAGAUGCUCUUCUACUUUGUAUUUGUUUACUUGUGAUCAGAAUUUGAGGUGACGACUCUAGUUUGAAGGACGUGUGUGAAGGUCAAACAGACUGCAGAGGAACCACAAGAAUGAGACAAGACUGUACACUGAUAUUUGUGGUUGUUGUUCAUGUCUUGAGCCAGCUGUGUAUAAAUUGUGCAGAGAAACCAACAUCGUGAACACACCGAAAACUGUGCGAACAAACGUUUUAAUUAAUUUACUUUU